AGGUAAAGUGCAUGCAUCGCCGCCUUGCACACCCGUGAGAGCGUUGCAAUGGAUUUGUUUUGAAAUCAAGGCACGAGCAUGAACUUCUGAUGCUGAGUUCACCACAUUUUGGUACAAAGAUGAGGAAUCUUAGAGUUACUGCUAGAUUACUGUCAAUGAUGGUGAAUCUCAGUGAUGCCGAGUCAAAAGAUAAAUACUUUUUGUUCUUUGGAAGGUAGUGAAGUAUAAUACUGUGUAAAGAAGCAGACCUUAGAAGAGAUUUAAUCAAAACUUGCAACUGAGAUGAGAUGAUGUUCUGUGCAAGUGGGGUUUUGUACCAAAAAGGUGGUGUGCAUGUGUCUGAGCCCUGCCAGCCAGGGAUAAGGAACGGUGCACUAUUUGUACGGCACCACCUUCCAUACUUGCAAUGUAAGAAUGGCUCCAGAGAGUUCAUUGCAAAGACCAACACAGGCUCUCUCUCUCUAUUCAAGUGAAAAGUACCCUUCUUUCACCUGGUUCAGACCUUGACUGGUUUUCAUGGGGUUCUAAUUAAUCCAAAGAGCACACUGGCUGAAGUAGGGUUUUUUAAUCCAAAGAGCAUACAGGCUGAAUUAGGGUUUUAAACAGUUCCAGUUUAUUAUUAUUAUUAUUAUUUAAUAGUUAAUAGCAUGCAUGGAUGUGCUACUACCUUGCCAAAAGUCAGGAGCAGGAAGAUUCUGUGAUUUUUAGGUAAUGUACCAGAAAGUAUGUCAAUAGUUUUAAUUGGACAGUGUUUGGUAAACAAGCCUGGUUAAAAGUAGACAAUUCAAACCGACACAUAUUUCAUCAUAUAAUUGAUGAACAUUAUUUACACCUCAUUUUUUAUUAAAUAUAUUCUAUUUUAAUGUGUUUUUAAAGGGUUAUUGGAGAGUAUCACACCAACCCCACACACACAGACAGAGCCAGAGAGGUGGAUGGUUACAGAUUACAGUUUUAUGAGAACCCAAAAGGAACCAGCCACUGAACCAGACCUGAAAUCUCUCUUCUCAAUUUCCCAAAUUGAAAAAAAGGUCAUAUAGUAACUAGUAAGUGGUGGUAGGUACUGCGCUCCUGGGUGUGAGGUAAUGGAACAUAAAAAGUAAAAGAGUUUAGUAGCAGUAAAAGAACCGUACGAAACACCCAUCUCUACUCAGGAGGCCAGGCUUACAGGCAUGACCUCCAGAGUUGAAACCCAAAAUCUUUUAUUAAAUCAAAACAAUGGUUUUUUUGCCCUUUUUACAGUCCUUUUUAAUCCCCACACUUGCCUUUAGUUUAUGGGUUUCCGUAGUGUUGUCAGAGACAAGAGAUGCAGGCCCAGAAGCAACAGAGAGGGGGUGGCAGCAGUCAUAAUAGCAGCACUAUAAUCAGAACCAAUAGUUUUAUCCAUGUACAGAAGAUUCUGCAAGCCAAUGGUCCCUGGAAUAAAUAUACCUACUCUGCUCUUUGAUAUUAAUUAUCCACAAGCAGCAGCCUUGGUUCUUCCUCCAUUUGUGUUUCUUUGAAUGAUGAGUAGUGCAAGAAAUGGGUUUCCCUUCACUGCCUCUCAAUGGCAAGAGCUUGAACACCAGGCUUUAAUUUACAAGUACAUGGUUUCAGGCAUCCCUAUUCCUCCUGAUCUUUUGUUUACCAUCAAAAGAAACUGCUUGGACUCAUCACUGCCUUCAAAGCUUUUUUCUCACCAAUCCCCUCAUAUUGGGUGGAGCUGUUUUCAAAUGGGUUUGGGGAGAAAAGUUGAUCCAGAGCCAGGAAGGUGUAGGAGAACAGAUGGGAAGAAAUGGAGAUGCUCAAAAGAAGCAUAUCCAGACUCAAAAUACUGUGAGAGACAUAUGCAUAGAGGCAAGAACCGUUCAAGAAAGCCUGUGGAAGUUACCCCAACACUCUCAACAACAAAACCAAUCCUGUCAUCAAUCAACAAAACACCCUCUACCCUCACUUCAAUUUCCUCACUUUCCUCUGAAAAUAGACACAACUAUCCUAGCUACAAUAACCAUCUCAGUCAUGCCUAUCUAUGUUCCAACACAUCAAGUUCUAGGCCUCCUGGAAUUAGUCUGUCACCACAAGACAGCUCUACCCACUUGGGUUUAGACUCUGGUUCCUAUUCCCUCACUAGCACAGAUUACAGUAGAAACAGGUAUAUUUAUGGGCUGAAGGAGGAUGUUGAUGAGCAUGCUUUCUUCUCAGAACCUUCUGGGACUAUUAGGAGCUUCUCUGGAUCAUCAUCCCUGGAUGAUUCUUGGCAACUCACACCCUUGACUAUGACCUCUUCUUUCUCUUCAAAACAGAGGAAUGACUACUCUUCCUUGCAGCUUCAAAGCAGUCUCACUGAUCAUCAAAAGCAAGAUCAGCAUAGUUAUCUUCUGGAUAGUCAAAUGGCCUUAAAAUUGGAGAGAGAAGAGCAAGAAGAGCCCCAAAAGACUGUGCAUCAUUUCUUUGAUGAGUGGCCACACAAGAAUAAGAACUCAUGGCUUGACUUGGAUGAUAAAUCAUCAAUUUCAACAACUAGGCUCUCAAUUUCCAUUCCAUCCUCUUCACCAUUUUCACAUCUUCACUACAAGAACAGCCCAUAAUGAAAUGUUUUGAGUUCUGUAGUGAAGGCCUACCUGCAUAGUGGGGAAGUCUAUGUUGUGAGGUCUAAAGGCAGCAGGGAUGUUUUCUCUUUACUUUUUUGCAAAAUGUGGUUGGGGAGGGGUCAAUUUAUCUGUGUGUGUUUAAUGAAGUAUCCUAUGUCUAUGUUGCUCUGGUGUUCUGUUUUUUUUUGGUUCUACUUCACUUCAGACUUCAUAAACAGUUUUUUGAAUGAAUGAGCCACAUCCGUUUUUAUUGGUA